UCUAGCCGGCGCGUGACGUGCUUCCGCACUGAGCGGGAGCAUGGAGUUCGCGGAGAAACAACUGAGGCAGCGGGGGUGGAGGAGAGGGAAAGGCCUGGGGCGGAGAGAGGACGGAAUCCGAGAAGCUAUCAAAGUGAAGGUGAAAUGUGACACAGCGGGGGUUGGCCAUCAUGCUGGGGAGCAGUUUACAUUUCACUGGUGGGAUCAUGUUUUCAAUAAAGCUGCUGCUAACAUCACCGUGGAAAGCAAAGAGGACGGCGUGGAGGUGAAGAAGGUCAGUGAGGAGGGGGAACUGUCCAUUUCAAACAAGAAACCACGCAAAACCCACCUCUGCAAGGAUCUGCUGUAUGGUCGCUUCAUUAAGGCAGCCACACUGAUGCCGAGCAGCAAGGCAGCGCUGGUGGAACCAGAGUCUUCAGACGACAGUGACAGCGAUGGAGAUGAAAAGCUGAACCUUUCUUCAGCCACAAGGCUGACAGAUGAAGAGUUGGUGCAGGCUUGCGGGGGUCGCACUGGACACAAAGGUGCCCGACACGGCGUAACCAUGAGCGCCAAGCUGAUGCGGCUGGAGGAGCAGGAACGCGAGUUUCUGGCGAAGUACGGGCGUCCGGGUGGUGCUGGUGGCGGUGACGCCCCCCCUCCCCCCCGAGGGGCUAAGCAGCAGGACCCGGCCAGCGAGGCGGUGGAGACGGAGGGCAAGGCGAGGAGGAGGAGGAAGAAGAAGAGGAGGAGGGAGAGAGAGCACGCCUCCCCUGACCAUGACGCCGACUGCAGCGGGAGCGAGGUGGCUGGAGGGCGUCCGAGCCAACGGGGGGCCGGCGGCGAGUGCCUGCCACCCCCCCCCCCCCCCCCCGACGCUGAGGCGCCAAGCGCCGGCCAGCAGGAACUGGCGCCCAGGGCGCGGGCGGUGAGGAAGCAGAAGCGCCAGCGGAGGAAGUGGGCAAGCGGAGACCCGGAGGGCGGAAGGACGGGAACAAGCGAGAAGAGAAAGAGGAGCAAAGGCGGCUGUGGGACUGGCGUGCUGGAGCCCCACCAGCCACCCAGGACCGCGGUCCGCCGGGGUGAAGCUCCUGACCGACCCAGGCCGGGGCUGUAGGACAAAAGCGGAUUGUUUUUAAAAAAAAAAUAAAUAAAUCCGUUGCGCUCGACUCUCGAGCUGCCCGAGCGAGCUGAGCAAUAAAGACGAAACCUCCGCA